AUGACUUCCCCUUUCAUCCAGAACCGAGAUUGGGACCUGUCGCAGGAGCCCUCAGAAAUUUUGUUCAAUUCAUUGCCGAGCAAUGCUGUUCUUGACCCUAUUCACGAUUAUCUUUCCUUCGAUAUGGUUGAUUUCUCCACGCCAUCACCACAAGGAAACCACAACCAGUUGGUGCUGAAGUCUGAACAAGUGCCUGAAGAUGUGCAGAAUAAGGAGAGGUCGUACAUAGGUGUGAGGAAAAGGCCUUGGGGAAAAUAUGCAGCAGAAAUCAGAGACACAACCAGGAAUGGCACAAGGGUUUGGCUUGGAACCUUUGACAGUGCAGAAGCUGCUGCGUUAGCUUAUGACCAAGCUGCAUUCUCCAUGCGAGGCCAUAAUGCUGUAACCAAUUUUCCGGUCCAAAGGGUCAAAGAAUCUUUGCAAGAAAUCCAAUAUAGCUGCUUCAAUGGUUCUUCUCCUGCACUUGCACUCAAGGAGAGGCACUGCAUCCAAAGAAAGUUGUCAUCAAAAGCUAAAAAGUGUAAAGGGAAAGACACAUCAGAUGAUCCAACACAAAGUGUGGUGGUGUUAGAGGAUUUGGGAGUUGACUAUUUAGAGUAUCUUCUAAGCAUAUCCGAUCAAACUGCAAGCCCUAGCUGCUUCCACUAA